AUGGGACGCCUGGUCAACUUUAGUGGAUGUUUGUCGCUGUGGUUUUGGCUUCUAUGGCACCCUCAGGACUUGAACAACAUGACCCUUGCAGACAUCCGCAAAGGGAAUCACAAGAAGGCCCAUUUCUGUCCAGCAUUGAAGCUUGAGCGCGAGCACAGCACCGGCGCUUGGCUAGCUUUGGCCUCUUUCAUCUGCAGUUCUCAUGACUCUUCUGACCGCGGCGCGCAGGCCAUCAACGAUCUUUUGAUGGCACAGGACAUCAACCUCUUGGCUUCUGCAUCUUCGGAUCCGGCCUCAGCGAAGUGGGACACAGCCACCAUGAAGCCCAAGAAGACCUUCAAAGGACACAAGAAGGGCACCUUCUCUCUGGCUUACUCCAUGGAUUACCACUGCUUGCUGACGGCCGGCCUGGACCAGGAAGCCUUGGCGGAAGCCCCGGUGCAAUCCCUCGGAGGUUGUCCACAUCCUUGUCCGUGCGUCAUGACUGCUGCGAAGACUGUCACGCUGGAGGCUCGGGACAUCUGCCUGAGUGGCGUCCAGGAGCUGCCGGCGGAGUCCCUGCAACGAACGGUGAGCCCUUGCUAUCCUACGGAGCGAGUCUACUCCCCAACGGCUUCGGUAGCGCCGUCCGUUGCCACAAAGGUCGAGGUCACUUGUACUGGUGACAAAGCCGUCAAGGCAACCGUGACGUCCACGCGGCGUUUCAUGAAGAUCUCCAGCUUGAGCUUCUGGGGAGUCGUCUUCAUCUUCGCUUUCUUCGGCUGGCCAAGCACUGUGAUUGACAACGACGACGUGCACAGGAAGAUUUUGGCGGCCGUUUUCCUUACUGGCAUCGCCCUGGUUGCUCUGGAGGAUGUGAUCCACCUGGACAAGUCAGCCAUCAUGCUGGUCCUUGCUUCCGUGAUGUGGACCUACCAUGCCGCUGGGUAUCACCCCACCAUAUCGCACGAGGGCCAUGAAAAGCUGCAACAUGAGCUGUCGAAAGGCUUGUCCGACGUCGGUAGCGUCAUCCUCUUCCUUCUCCCGGCGAUGGGAAUCGUGGAGUCGAUCGACCACCUUGAUGGCUUCGCGGUUGUGACCUCUUUCAUUGUUCGUCACACGCGUGACAAGGCAGACCGCUUGAUGCCGAUGAUCUGCUUCCUGGCGUUCUUCCUGAGCUCUGUCAUUGACAACUUGACUGCCACGAUCGUUUGCAUCAAGAUCUUGAAGCGCGUCGUGCCCCACGACAGAGACUGGCGACAUUCUUGCGGCGGCCUCGUCGUCGUGGCUGCUAACGCAGGAGGAGCUUGGAGCCCCAUUGGGGAUGUGACCACCACCAUGCUCUGGAUUUCCCACAAGAUCUCCACUGCAGGAACCAUCAUCUGGCUGUUCUUCCCGUCCUUCGUGGCGGGCAUCUUGCCCCUCUUCGGAAUCUGGUGGCAGGCCAGGCGCUGUGGUUCAGCUUCUCAGGGCGCGAAGCUGGAAAGGCGGGAGCCUGAGAUCCCUCCAACGACACGCAGCAACGUGAUGGCGCUCGUCGUUGGAGUCGCCUCCAUUCUAACGGUCCCAGUGGUCAAGAUCGUCACAGGCCUGCCCCCCUAUCUGGGCAUGAUGAUGGCUCUCGGUAUCUUCUGGCUGGUCACAGAGAUCGCUGGAUUAGGUGCCGCAGACGACGAGCGCGACGAGGAAGAAGGCUUCGACACUGCCAGUGGGGAGCACGUCAAGUACGGCGUGCCUGCCGCCCUCCAUAAGGUGGACCUGAGCAGUCUGCUCUUCUUCACCGGGGUGCUCAUGGCAGUGGCUUCCCUCGAGUCUGCCGAGGUGCUGCACCGGUACUCUGAGUUCAUGGAGGACUUCACUCAUGGCAGCCCUCUGGCCCUGACCUCGCUCCUGGGUGUCAGCUCAGCCGUGGUGGACAACGUCCCCCUUGUGCAGGCAAGCAUACAGAUGUUCAAAGAGCCCAUGGACGAUCCCCUUUGGCAGCUCGUGGCCUUGGCAGCGGGCACAGGUGGAUCGAUGUUGGCCGUGGGAUCCGUGGCAGGUGUGACGCUGAUGGGUCUCGAGGGUGUUGGCUUCCUUUGGUACACCCGGCGGAUUACCCCCUGGGCGGCCUUGGGAUUCAUCGCGGGCAUGGGCUCCUAUGAGCUGCAACGGAUGCUGAUGCCGUGA